CUUAUGUUUGACAACCACAAAGUAAAACCGAAGUCUUUUUCUGUUUAUUUCCGAUAGGUAUUGUCUUUUUUACAGGAGCUGGUUAUACCCGUCACCUUUUGUCACUGUCAGUGGAUAUACUUCCACUUCGAAAGGUUUGCCGUAAGUUGGCGUGAUUUCAAAUCCUAGGUUGCUAUGUGGGUGUUUGGAUAUGGAUCACUUGUGUGGAAAGUCGGAUUUCCUUAUCGACGAAAACUCAAUGGUUAUAUCAUGGGUUAUGUCAGACGGUUUUAUCAGUCCAGUGAAGACCACAGGGGAGUUCCUGGAAAGCCAGGAUUAGUUGUAACACUUCUUCCUUCAUCAAAUCCAAAAGAUCGUGUGUGGGGUGUUGCAUACGAAAUAGCCAAGGAAGAUGAAGAAAUGGUGACAGUUCAACUUGACCACAGAGAAAAGGAUGGAUACAACAAGAUAUUAGUCACAUUUUGCCCUGCCAACAAUCUUCUGACUGACUGUGAAAACAAUAAAUCUGGCAAUCUUGACCCCUUUGAACUGGUUAUUUAUGUUGGUCUUGACACAAACCCUUGGUUCUGUGGACCUCUCAGCACAGAAGAAAUGGCUCGCCGCAUUGUCAAUGCCCGAGGAAAAAGUGGUUCUAAUCAAGAAUAUCUCUACAAUCUAGCAAAUUCAAUGAGGGAUAUUGCUCCAGAUGAAGAAGAUGAACAUUUGUUUUCUUUAGAAGCUGCAGUCCAGGAGCUUGAAUGCGUGCCCCAGAGCACAGACACAUUUUCGAGAAAUUCCGCCUAGUCUUUAUCUUUGCGUGGGGUCUGACUUUGAUUUUGAGCUUGCUUUCUGGAAUACUGUGUCUCAUUUUACUUUAUUUAUUGUGAUGUGACCAGGCUUAAAUUCACAAAUUGAAAGGCUGUACCGUCCAGAAUUUUAUUUUGUAUUUCCAACAUUUUAAAUAAGUUACUGACUAAUUUUAUUCAUAAUCAGACUGCAAAUUGUUAUUUUCUAAAUUGAACAUUCCUUAAAUUCUAAUCUUCAUUUUUUUAAAUGAGAACUUUUAAUUUAUUUAUUGGGGGACUUGCUUUAAACUGCAAAGUGUACGAAAUGGCAGACUGAGACCAUUGACUAGUCAAAGUUCUCAAAGUGAAGACACAUUUUAUCAUAUACUCGGAUUUUUGCUGUGAUAUUGUUCUUAAGAAUAAACUUGUGAAUACAAUAAUUAGCCCCGA